AUGUUUUCUUUGCGAACUAUAUCUUCAAUACUCUUGCUGGCAGGGUCAGCAUUAGCAGGUCCUAAUAAUGAGACGAGUCCUACACAUAUCUUCCGCUCGCGGCCAGAUCUACAUGCGCCGAUGCUUGAGAUGACUCUUCUGAGACCCGAAUUAGUUGCACCAGGAUAUAUCAUGCUCGCACCAUACCGCAAUCUGGAUCCUGGACCUUACAUCUACGACAAUUGGGGACAACUAGUCUGGUCCGGCGCUGGUUCGAGCGGACCCAAGACUGCCCAUGCGCCGCAUCCCUGCACUUACAAAGGAGAAGAACAUCUAUGUUAUUUCCAAGGACAACAACAUCAAGGCUUCGCCCGAGGCCAUGGAGUCAUUAUGGAUAAAAACUAUCGUAUCGUCAAGACAGUCGAGAGCUCUGGAGCCGGAGCGUCAAGCGACAUGCACGAGUUCAGAAUGACACCAUACUCGAAUGGCACCACUGCACUCAUGACCGUCUAUCAGCCGCGCAUGUACGAUUUGACAACCAACCCCAAAUUCCAGAUCAAGGACGGCAUGGGCUGGAUUGUCGAGGGCGUUUUCCAAGAGAUCGAAAUCGAGACUGGCAGAGUGGUGUUUGAGUGGAGAAGUACAGAUCACCUCGACCCUAGUUUGACCUACACGUUCCCAGGACGAACAGACACAUCAGGAAACGGAUUGAGCGAAAACACUCCUUGGGACUAUUUCCACAUCAACUCCAUCGACAAGAAUCAGGAUGGCGAUUACCUGAUCUCAGCCAGACACAUGGCUGCAAUCUACAAGCUUUCUGGUGUAGAUGGAUCCAUCAUGUGGGAGAUGGGUGGCGCAAACCCGACUUUCCACCAGACAAACUUCAACUUCUCUUCUCAGCAUCACGCUCGUUGGGUCAGCGAGAACGAGACUCACACGGUAAUGACCUUCUACGACAAUGCUAGCAACGGAUUCAACCGCACCGACAAGUUCUCACACGGUUACGUCGUUUCUGUCGACCACAUCGCAAACACUGCAACUAUGAUCAAAGAGUAUGGCGCGCCCGAGGCAUCAGGAGGUGUACUCUCAGGCUCUCAGGGCAGUAUGCAGGUCCUGCCCAAUGGCAACAUCCAUCUUGGCUGGGGCGAACACCCUUACUUCAGCGAGCACACAGCCGACGGUUCAGCUGUUAUGUACGCAAAAGUCGCAUAUCGCGCCAGUAACGUUAUGAUAUACCGCUCGCACAAAUUCCCUUGGGUUGGUCAACCGUUGACCAAACCUGCUCUAUGGACAUACUCAAAAACGAACGACGAGAAAUCAGGCAUGGCCUUCUACGUCUCCUGGAACGGAGCGACCGAGGUUGCAUCGUGGAACUUUUACGCUAGCGCAAACAGAACCGGACCUUUCGAUUUGGUUGGGAACACGAAAAAGACUGGUUUCGAGACGGUGAUGCGCUACAACAACGUCUCGACUUGGGCCUUUGCCGAAGCUUUGGACAAGGAUGGCAACGCUCUCGAGAGGAGCGUUAUUCAGAAAACCUUUGUGCCCAGCGUCACACUUCGCGAUCACUGCGACGAGUGGGCUUGUGGAAAGGCAGAGCCGAUCCGUGACGAGGACGCCCACUACGAUCCUUACAGCCAGGUCAAGGCCGAAUUUCUCAGUAACAACCGUGGCUACGACACAAGCGCAUAUUAUGCCGAGCUUCCAGUGAGCGCAACCGAGCAACAAGCAGCAGUGGAGAAAGCGCAACAUCAGCGAGACGUCAAGCUACGAUUGCUGAUCUGUGUUCUUGGAGGAACUGCUGGAGUCGGCUUCCUCGUCUUUGCUUUGAUUCUUGCUCGCAAGCAACUACCAGGCGCCAUGCCUAGCUCCUUUAUCAGGAGGGUGUCUGAUGUCAAAGAUGCCAUCAGUGUCAAACUGCUAGGCAAGAAGUACGCCCAGGUCGACGAAGAAGAAAAGUUCCUCGAUCAAUCUUGA